AUGGAGCAAAGAAUAGGAAUGAAUGUUGCAGAACAAAAAUGUCACGAAACUGCAGUGCAUCAAGAAACAACUCAAAGAGACAAUGAUAACACAAUCAUAUCUGACAAACCAAUUUCAGCCACAACAAUUA